UGGAGGCCACGCCAGUAGGUGUCUAGCUGCCCGCCUGUCAGCAGGUGCGUGCUGCGAGCUGCUGCGACAGCGCGACUGUGUGCCUUUGUGGAGGCGACUUCGCUGCCACCAGAAUACCAGCAAUGAGCGAUCGCUACAGCUUCAUCCCUGCGACGCGGGAGCAGAUGGAGACCAUCAGGAAGAGUCUGGGGACAGACGAAGAGGACAUCAAGAGGACCAUAGCGUCUGUUCGAGGCUGGCUCAGGAUGCAGCCGCAUCUGCCCGACGAGAUAGAUGACGAGCGCAUCGAGAGGAUGUACAUAAACUGCAAGUGCAGCAUGGAGAGGGUUAAGAAAGGAUUGGAUGCCUACUUCUCGCUGAGGACCAGGUAUCCAGAGAUGAUGAUGAAUCGUGACCCCAUGGGAACCGACGUUGUGAGCACCAUGGAGCACAUAGUGAUGCUGACGAUGCCUCGCCUUACCAAAGAUCUCUACCGGGUGCACAUCUUCGCCGACCCCGACCCGGACCCCGUGUGGGUCUCCUGGACAAAUUAUGGAAAAACCGUCUCCAUAAACCUCGACUGGAUGCUAUUGAAUGACUACUCGCUCGGAGACGUCGUCAUCAUGGAUCUGAAGAACACGACUGCCGGACACGUCCUCCGGUCUGAUAUCAAUAUGAUACGGGCUCUUGAAUUUGGCUACAAGACUGCCUAUUGCCGGAGCUUGAAAGCAUUACAUUUGAUAAAUGCUGACAAAGUAGUUGAUUUGGCAAUGAAAAUAUUGAAGGCAGCUCUCUCCGAAAAGUUGCUGAAGAGGAUACACGUCCAUCCUCCAGGAUCAACGACGCUGUUUGACCACGUGGCAAAGGAAUAUCUGCCGGACGAACUAGGAGGCACUGGUGGUCCUAUGGACAAACUUGCCUAUGAUUUCUUCAGAAGAACGGAGAAGAUGCGAGACUGGUUCUUGGAGCAGGACCGCUACAUCUCGGACGAGAGCAAGAGGCCUCCUGACAACCACUACGCCGACGACUUGUUCGGAAUGGCGGGCUCCUUCAAGAAGCUCUCAGUAGACUGACACCGUUCCAGUUAAUAUUGUAGCUUCUGUUACUUGUGAUAGUAAACUGUGAUACACAGGGUGAACUGGGAAUCCACCAAAAAAAAUGCCAAGCUUUUUUGUGAUAAUUUCUACUUUGGUGUAACGGACCCAUGGCCUCCGGUGGUUCGUUAGAGAAUAACAACAUUUCGUUUGACGUUUCCUUGUUGAGGUCUUCAGUCGAAGCCUGGUUUAGUACAGAACCCAAUGCUAUUCUAUCCUGUGCUCAAACGUCUUCACCUCUCCACACGUACAGCAACCGCCGUCCAUCCCACCACUUCCUUCCACUACCGAACUGACAAUUCCCUGAUUCCUGUGGAUGUCUCAUAUCAACCAAUACCUUCUUUCAGUUGAAUUAUACGCUUUCAUUAUUUAUUCGACCUACCCAUAAAAUCUACAGCAUUCUUCUGUAGCACCACGCUUCGGAAGCUCCUGUUCUCUUCUUGUCUGACUAUUUAAUCGUCCACAUUUCCCUUCGAUACAAUGCUACACUCCACAUAAAUACCUCCAGGAACAAAACUUAAUUACUUAUAUUCAAUGUUAAGAGAUUUAUCUUUUUCACAAAUGCUUCUUUUGCGAUUCCCAGUCCGCAUUCUAUAUCAUACCUACUUCUGUUAUCGUCAAUUAUUUAAAUGCCUAAUCAGCAAAAUGGUCAGUGUCUCAUUUUGUAAACAAAUUCCCUCUGUUCGCCACAUACAAUUGCCUGAACUUUAAUUCCGUUCCAAAUAUCUCAUUAAUUUCCUUUACUGCCUCAAUAUCCAGACUGAAUUACAUGUACGAAAGGCUACAGCCCUGUAUCAAUUCCUCCUAAACUACCGGUUUCCCUUUGAGCCGUUAGAAUCUCGUAACUACAGUCUGUUUUCUGUACAAGCUCUAGAACUUUCAGUAACUGCAUUCUUUCCCUUUUACCUUCACGGUUUCCCAGCCAACACUGUCUUUAAAUCUACAAGCGCUUUAAAAAUGGGUUUGCCUCUACUCAGUCAAUCUAAGUCGUAGGAUCACUAUCGCCUCGCAUCAUUCUAUCUUUUUCCGGAACCCAAAUCGAUCUUAAAAAAAAAAAAAAGAAAGAAAAGAAAAAAAAGGUCGGAUUCCACCAAUUUUUCCAUUCUUCUGCAAAUUAGUCGUGUCAGCAUUCUGACACCAAUUUCUUAUACAGAUGGCUCUCUAAUAUUCGCACCUGACAGCGGCUGCCUUCUUUUAAUCAGUAAUAAUUACAGAUUUCUCACCUGAUCCCAUUUCUGCUUUGUAUCCAUAUUACACUGAAAAUAUCUGGUGAUUGGGAUAACAAAACGAAUAAGUCAUAAUGAAAUUAUUACUCUGUGAUAAUCCACCAGAGAUCACGGCUCCUUUAUACCAAAAUAAUUAGGAAAUGUCCUUGAACAAUCUCUGGAAUUUUUGUCAGUGAUUCAGGUUCACCCGGAUAUGUCGUACGCGUGUUCAUCCACAGGGACUAGGUCUAUGAGACCUCACUGCAUGCUCCGAGUGUCUAAUAUGUAUCUUGUAUGAAACUGAAGAAAGAAUAAUAUUGUGUUU